AUGGCACCGAAAAAAGAAGAAACUGCUGAAAACGCUCUCGCUCGAGCACGUGUCAAACGCGACAACGUUUUAAACUCCAUCAAAGGUAUUCACGUCACAGCUUUAGCCGCACGUUCUGAUGCCGAUCGAGUGCCGUCGUUAAUUAUUCACGCCGAAGAUUUAAAUCAAUAUGUCGAACAAUUUCAACGUCAACAAGACGUUAUAAUUAACGCGUUAAUCGAUCUUGACCGUGUGGCCGAGUUUGAUCAGGAUGAUCGUCCAAUGAUCGCAUCCAUGGAGAGUAUGUGUCUCGAAAUUAAAACUGUCGUCGCGAGUGUGUCCGAAAUAAAAUCGUCUUCUUCGUCGUCCAUCGCGUCCGCGCCUCAACAAUUCGUUCCGUUACCGAAAAUUCAGCUGCCCAGCUUCGACGGUAAUCUAUUGGAGUGGCGAUCGUUCCGCGAUAUUUACGUUUCUCUCGUACAUGACAACACCAGCAUUGGCGAUGCCGAACGGUUUCACUAUCUAAUGUCGUGUUUAUCGGGCGACGCUCUCGCUGUUGUCAAGUCAUUUCCGUUAUCCGCGAAUAAUUAUGUCCUCGCUUGGGAAGCAUUGUCCGUUCGGUUUGAUAAUAAGCGCCUGCUAGCGUCGGCACACUUAGAUAAGUUAUUUGCAUUCAAACCUAUUGCACACCAGUCGCUACCAGCCUUGACGUCGUUUAUCAACACGUUCAAGGAAAAUGUAGCCAUAAUUAAAGCGCUCGGUGUCAACGACCUGUCAAGCUUUUUAUUAUUUCACAUGGGAUCCCGAGUUCUCGAUCCGACGACAAUUCAAUUAUUCGAAUCCAAUGCGUCGAAUUCGACAAUUCCGACGUUCGACGAGUUACUCAGUUUUGUACAACAACGCUGUCGAGUAUUAGAGAACAUAAAAAAUUCCAGUAAAUCUGAUAUUUCAACGAAACCACACGAAAAAUAUAAUACGCGUAAUAAAACUGUUAUAUCGAAAAAAUCAGUGUUUGCCGCCACCACAUCUACAUCGGUCAAGUCUAAGUCACGAGGUUGUGUGUCAUGCGAUAAGGCUGACCAUAGUAUUUACCGUUGUCCAAAGUUCAACGAUAUGACAGUUGAAAAGCGCCGCGAAUUCGUAGCGGCUAGAAAAUUAUGUUUUUCAUGUAUGAGUCAGUCUCAUAUGCUCAACGCGUGUUCAUCAACAGGGGUGUGCCGCUCGUGCAGUAGUAAGCGUCACCACUCCUUGCUACAUCUUAAUACCGAUCAGUCAUCGGCCGUGAACAAAACUAAUCAGAGUACCAGCUCAGGUCCUAGUUCAGGUCCCUCCGCCGACAAGUCAAGUUCCUUUUCAGGUGCAGCAUGCAUCAACUCCACGGUCGUCCUCGGUACGGCCAUAGUUCACAUCAGGGACGCCUGGGACCAAAUUCAUUCCGAUCGAGUACUUCUCGACAGUGGGUCUCAAAUUUCGGCCAUCUCAACCGAUUGCUUCGCUUGGUUAAGACUAUCGAAACGCCGUUUUAAAUCCGACGUCGUAGGUCUCGCGCAAAGUCCAGUGAACCACGUGCAAGGUGUCACCUGCAGGUGUCAAUUUUCGUCGCGUUUUAAAUCUGAUUUGUUCCCGUCUGUUGAAGUAGUUAUUCUAAAACAAAUUACCGGCGUCAUGCCAUCCACACGGUUACCGACAACCGUGCGUCAACAAUAUCGACACCUCCGUCUCGCGGACGAGAACUUCGAUAUUCCGUCGUGCAUCGACGUUUUAUUCGGCGCCGAUAUUUUACCUAAUCUUAUCCGCUCUCACGCGGGUGUGGAGCACCACUCGGGUUUACCAUCGGCCCUCGACACCCAGCUCGGAUGGAUAAUCUUUGGUUCGUUUUCUACUCCGAGCAAGUCACCCCCAGUCACGCUGACCACCGCGAUCGCUCCGCCGUCAAUUGGAGAUCUAUUACAACAAUUUUGGUUGGUCGAAGAACCCACCGCACCUACGUCACCCACCACGGAAGAUCAGUGGUGUGAAGAAUAUUUUACCAAAUCUACUUCGCGGGAUUCCACCGGUCGAUUCUGUGUCGCUCUACCAUUUCGUCAUUUGUUCGCGAGCACAGCUCAACAACAAGACACACCGCGUCACGGUCUCGGCGAUUCGCGCUCCAUCGCGUUGAAACGGUUUUAUAACCUAGAAAAACGGUUGGCUAAGGACUCCGAAUUGUAUGCUGCUUAUCGUAAAUUCAUGUCUACCUAUCAAACACUAGGACACAUGGUACCGGCCCCGGAACCCGGUAAAUAUUUUAUUCCGCACCACGCCGUGCUCAAGGCUGACGGUGACAUGUCAAAAAUUCGCGUCGUGUUCGACGCUUCGUCCGCCUCGUCCUCCGGUCGCUCAUUAAACGAUGUAUUGUGCACCGGACCCAAACUUCAAAUUGAUUUACGUGACAUUUUACUUCGUUGCCGUAUGCACAGGUACAUUUUGUCCGCCGACAUCGUUAAAAUGUAUCGGCAAAUUUUAAUCCGUCAAGAAGACCGGACUUUUCAACAUAUAUUCUGGCGCGACUCACCCACUGACGACCUCGUCGAAUUCCAAUUGUGUACUGUAACGUACGGUCUCAACUGCGCGCCGUAUCUCGCCAUUCGCUGUCUCCACGAACUUGACCGGCAAGACGGUCAUCGUUUUCCACUUUCUAAAGACGUCCUUACUAGAGCUGCUUAUGUCGACGACAUCGUUAUCGGAGCUGACACCGAAGAGCUCUUACUACGUCGGAAGGAAGACGUUGUCGGUCUACUACGCAACGGUGCCUGUAUGUUGAGCAAGUGGACUAGCAACAGUACCACCGUUCUCGAGUCCGUUUCUCCCGAUGACCGUGUACUCUCUAUAUCGUUCGAUCCGCGCGAAGAACACGCCGUAAAGGUCCUCGGCCUGCAUUGGGACACGAAAACCGACAAGUUUGCCUAUCAUACCCGGCUUGAUCAAAUUUCUUCGACGAAACGUCAGGUGUUGUCCGUCAUUGCGCGCUUGUUCGACCCUAUUGGCGCCCUGGGCCCUAUGCUGCUGUGGGCAAAAUAUUUUAUGCAACUAUUAUGGUGCAACAAACUCGGGUGGGACGACCUGAUGUCCCCCGAACUGCAAUCUAUGUGGCAACAAUUUUGCACUGAGCUUCCGCUCGUAUUCGACCUGAACCUCCCACGUCACAUCGACGUCAUCUGUCAUCAGGACAUUCAACUAUUGGGCUUCGCGGACGCAUCGAUUAAAGGGUAUGCGGCUGUCGUGUAUCUCCGUCUCGUCAACACCGCCGGUGACAUCUCCGUUAAAUUCAUCACUUGUAAAACCAAGGUCGCCCCUCUGAGGAGUGCCGCCGUCGACGAGUCGCUUUCCAUACCUCGCUUGGAAUUAUGCGGGGCCCUGCUGUUGGCCCAGACACUUCGUCACGUGCAAUCUGUGCUGUCCACCGAAGUGUCUAUAUCUCGUCUGCGUGCGUGGUCGGACUCGUCAGUUGUCUUAUCGUGGUUGACCACAGACCAAAAACAAUUCAAAAUUUUUGUGACCAAUCGGGUCGCCAAAAUACGUCAGCUACUACCGGAUUGCGUAUGGAGCUACGUAUCAACGCUCGACAAUCCCGCGGAUCCCGCCUCUCGUGGACUCAUGCCGAAAUUAAUGUUGUCCUCGUCUAUUUAUUGGGACGGUCCGGAGUUCCUACGAAUUCCUGAAGACCAAUGGCCACCGUCUAGAUUUAUUCCGCUCGCUCCGGAGCAGCUGCCGGACACUCGGCCUAACGUCGUCGCAACGUUGGCCGUCAAUGUCCAUCCGUCUUCGUUGGAUUUCAUCGGUAAAUUUUCGUCGCUCGAGAAAAUGUUACGAGUAUUGUCUUACGUCUCUCGUUUUUUAUCUCAUCGCCUACGACGGCAACCGAUCCGUGUCGGUCCUAUCACGUUUUCUGAGCGAGAAAGGUCCUUGUCGAUUGUCGUACAACGGACACAACAGUAUUACUUUUCAGAUCUGGUUAAAACGUUAAAAAAUAAGUCUACGAUCACCCCCCCAUCUUUGGCACAAUUAGCACCAUAUAUCGACGACAACAACAUUGUACGAGUGGGAGGUCGCCUGCGUUUUUCCGACGCCAGCUACGACGCGAAGCAUCCGAUUCUGUUACCGCGAUCCCCGAACCUCACCGUCGGCGACAUGGUCAUCGUCGAAGCCCCGUCUCGACCACCUACCGAGUGGCGUCUCGGCCGCGUCACAGAGGUCCAUCCAGGACCAGAUGAUGUCGUUCGUGUCGUGUCCGUGCGCACUCAGGACGGUAUCUACAAGCGCCCGGUCGUGAAACUCGUGCGUUUACCGGUCGAGCCCUGA